CAGUAUAAAAUUGCGUCGUGUAUAUUGUGUGUAGUGUAUUUUGUUAUGUGAUUUGCAUUACGGUCGUCUCGGUGGUAUUUCCUUUGUGUUCGAGAGUCUCAUUUGCGCGUUCUCAACACGGCGCAUAUCGUGGCUCAUGAUUUGAACUGUUGCGCCUCCAUCAGUGACCGAGUACUCCACCUGCGAUGCUAUAUUUAGUUUCAUUGUGUGUUGGGCGCAAUAUAUCGAUCAAGUCUGCAAUUUGGAGCAAUAUCUAUAACGAAAAGGGCGAUGAAUGCUUGACCACACAAUGGAGCGCCAAGAUGGUUGGAGUGGUGGAGAGUCGAGUGCGGCUGAGAACGCCACAGAGAGUUCACAUGCAGCCGAGCGCGAUCGGGUGCGCAUCGAAUUUUAUGCCACCUAUGACGUCAUGACCGGUGUGCGCAUAGCCGCUACGCUGGGCGGCUUUUUUGCAUUAAUGGUCUUUUUGAUCGUUUACAAGAGCCGUAGUAAAUCGGUUAAAGCUCUUAAUGAUCCCAAAAUCGUAGAACUAGCGGAGGCCGUCGUCGCUGAGGAACAAGCGGUCGAAGAAGAACGGCAGCUCACGGCUGCCUUGGAAGAGGCGCUGUCGGAACGCGCCCGAUCUCGUCCGUCUAUCGGCGAGGAGCCACCUUGGCCGCGAACAUCACGCUUCGCUUCAUACGGUGGUGGAUACGGUAGUCUGUUAACGCCGCCUCGUCGGCUGUCUGCCCCUCGAGGAGAUUCGCUGCCAGGCUCUGCCUUACGUUUCGCGGAGCGGCGACCGUCAGCAGGACCGCGCGAUCGGCGACUCAGUUCUGCGACUUGUUCGAGUUCAGGAAGUUCUUACUUAGAGCGGCGUGGUUCCUCAGUUGUGUGUUCGCUGCCCGAGCGUCGCUUGUCGCCGUGUCCGAGCGAACGUCUCGCGCCGCUCGCGUCCGUGGGCAGUGUGGGCCCGUCCUAUGCCGUAGAAUGCGAAUUAGCGUCAGUAGGCGCGGACUCUGUAUUUGCGGAGGACGAUGCGGACUCUACGGAUGAUGAAGUGGAACAGUUUUCGACGGAUAGCGGUGGUGGUGAAGCGGCGGCGGUCGGCGAGUGCACCGAGCUCGCCAGCCGCCCCGUUCAAUUACCGUUACGGUUUGACCGCGUUUCACAUUCGCGGGAAACAUUGUUCUAGUCGCUGACGGUAGAGCUUGCCGUCGGCUGUUAUGUGUUAGAGGGCAAAUUGAAGUAUCGACAUUGUUAUUUUCAUAUACUUACAUAAUUAAUUAUUUUUGAAUUGGCAUUAACAUAUCACCUUAAUAAAUUUGACAUAUCAUUUGAUUUUAAAAUAUACUGAAUGAAAUCUUUGAUAAGUAUACGUACGGUAUCUCGUAUAGUUUAAGCAGUGUAAAUUGUGACCAAAGAAACCAAUGAAUUUGUGCGAGGUACCGGUUUGAACUAUUCCUUUGCUGUACGCGAAAUUUAUACAUUUUAUACACUCGAGUGUACGCUGUGAAAAUGUGCUUCUGAAUAUGAAGAAAUGUAAGAAACGAUAGUGUCGAUACGUUGAUUUGUUUAAAUUCUUAGUCAUUCAUGUAAAUAGUUUGUUUUUGUUAUGAUAUUGAUGUUUCAUCACGUUGAUGUUCUCAUGCCACGCCGAUAUCGUGAGUUAUGUACCUGCAUACGCUCAUUCCGUGUAUCAUUUAUUUUGCCCACACUUGAUCGGUAACUAUAGUAAAUCUAAAAAGAAAACAAAUUCGAGUCGCUUAUCUUCGCUGGCAUUAUUCACCAUAGUGUUCCACGUAAAAGUACUAUUUAAAAUAAAUAUCCGCCGAAUUAGUCUUUUAUAGGCACAUACAUGUACUUAUUAUUUAAUAUUAAUAGGCAAGUUGAAUAGUUUUUGACGACUUUUAAACUUCUGUAUUUACGACUGUGACCGAUCUAUUUACAAUGUUUUCAACUCUACCGGGCUAACUGCCAACCCCACUGUCAGUGAGGUUGUCUUACCAUAAAAUAAUACUGUUGCCGACUCAUGGUGUUUGUGAAAUGUAGAUAAUUAUGUACUAACUUGUUAGGGUAGAUAGCUGUCAGUGAAGUCAAUUGGAGAUUGUGUAAUUUGUAUUUUGCUUAUGUGAAACCGAAUCAAAACAACAACCCUUUUACUUUAAACAUGAAGGGCACACAAGACCAAUACGUCCUUUGAACAAUAAAUGAAGUUGGGAGCGGCCUAAUGCGCACGUACCAAUGUCUCUUUCCAAGUAAACUGCCACUGUUCUUGUUUAGGAAAAAUGUUACACGGACACCGGAGUUUUAUUGAUUCUGGGUGUUCUGAUACCGCCACGGCAAGGCGUGGUUCUGUAGAUUGAUUAAAGUCGUUUUUAUUACGAUUUAGAUUUACGUGUUAGUUUAUGUAAUGUUCGUUGCUCGAAUUAAAAAGAGCUCCCUGUAGCCUGUAAAAUGUUGAAAUGUAUGUAAAAAAAAUUGUAAAUAUAAAACACAACUCA